UCUCCUGUCAGUAUAAUUUAUGUUGAUGAAUAUGAAAUGUUUUCAGUUUUGGAUAUUCUAAUAUUAAGUUUAAUAUUGGACCAACACAUGCUGAUGCUUCAAGUAUCGAUGCAACCAAAUUUCUUUCCGUUCUGCCACAACAACAGUUACUGUCAGACCGACUGUGUUUGUCAGAAAGAACUGAAUUGCAGCUUAUUAGCCAUGGACGAUACGGCCAGGAAUUUGAUACUGCUUUAUCAUAACCAGAUCAGAGAACAGACCACAAUGUAUGAACCACAACCAAGCGGUAUGACCUUGCUGGGAUACGACUUGAACUUGGAACAGAUCUCUGUGUGUUGGGCUUCCAAAUGCAUCAACCAAUACACUUAUUGUUUUUUAACGCCAGAAUACUCGACAACUUCGCAGUCAGUGAUUCAAGUCUUUCUGAAAACAGGAGCAACACCGGACAUAGCCAUAUGGAUGCAAGAACUGAACAGAAUGACCCCAAGCAUCAAUCCUUUCGAUAUGAGCACAAUUUCUCACAAUUUCGCACAAAUCAUCAGCGAUCAAGUACUAUCAUUGGGAUGUUCUUGGAGUUUAUCUCAUUCGGAUCUUUUGACUUUCGUUUGCACUUAUGGACCAAGCGGUGCCAGAGAUGAUGAAAUGGUUUAUCAAGCCGGUCUUCCUUGUUCCUCCUGUCCUGUUCAAUAUGCAUGUGAUAACCUGGAUCCUUUUCCCACAUUAUGUAAGCCCCAAAUGGAGUCGGAUUAUUUUGUAUCUUCAGAAGACGAACAGGAGGCCUUUAGGACUGAUUCAAGAGCGUGGAACACACCACCUCGACUACCCUUGCAUCCAGCAAUGAUAGCAAGUCCACCUCCACUUCCCCCUCCUCCCCAAUUCCCCCCUACUUUAUCAACUACAACUCCAACUACAACCACAACUCCAACUACCACCACAACUCCGACUGCUCCCACAUCAGAGGAAUCAUCGACAUAUAUGGUGCCAGGUGAAAAAAAAACUGGCAACGAAACUGAUGAUGAAGCAAGAAGGGAAAAAAGAAGACAUGAUCUGAUAGUAUUGGGCAUCAUGUUGUCACUGCUGACUCUUGCACUCAUUUCGGCAAUCGCCAGUGCUUGCAUAUACACUCAUGGAUUUGGAUGUCGAUAGAGAUUGGAGAAACAAAACAGCUUGGAAAAUUUAUUAUUGUUUCAAGUACAAUUUCAGCGUUGAAAGCUUUCUCUAGCUAGUGGAACUGCUUGCCUAUGAUAGUUCAACAUAAUGAGUUUUCACUUUCAAUCGGUCAAUUGUUGGUUUGAAUAUCUGUAGCCACCUUUAAUUUCAGUCGCCAUAAAUAAAGCAACAUAGAAUCAUCAACCCUUUC